CGUCAUCAUGUCACAAGAUCAACAACAUGGCGUCCUGCUGGGCUUGAACGAAAAACCUCCACUCGCUGUUCUUUUAACAUUAUAUUUCAAACAACUAAAACGUUUACGGGUUGUGUCGGCUUCCCCUUCCUGUCGCCAUAUGUUCGCUAACAGAGAACACGCUUUGUUAUGUUUUAUCUAGACAGCUGCGUCGCUUAACGUCACGCUUCCGGUCACUUAUUGGGAUUUAAAAGAAUGGCGUCGGCAUUUACAGUCGGCGAUAAAUUCAGAAAUAAGGUGACGCAGCUGUUGGAACGGACCGACUCGUGUCUGCCCGAACGACUGAGAGAAGAACUGCAGGAGACUCUUGGAAAAACGGGACCGACGACCGUGUCCUUCCGCACCGCGAGGACUCUGAAGAGACACCUCCAGGACGAAGGUCAUCCCUUCUACCUGCACGAGCUGUUGGAGGACAGUAUGCUGCACCUGCCUGAGGUGGUGAAGCCUCCCAGAAACCCCGUCCUGGUCGCGCGUCUCGAGAAAAUAAAAGCCCGACUGGCCAACGAGGAAUACAGCAGGAUCACGCGCAAUGUCAACACUCAGGAAGUCAGCCGAGGCGGAACGUUGGCAGAUUUCGGACGUGAAGUGAGGUCGGUCAAAGCCGUGGUGGCGACAGUCUUCAACUUCCUGGUGACGGUGGUGGCUGCGUUCGCCUGCUCCUACAUGGGGAGUCAGUACCUGUUCACCGACACCGGGGCGCGAGUGAUCGCGGCCGUGAUCGCCGCGUCCGUGGUCGGGCUCGCCGAGCUCUACGUGCUGGUCCGAACCAUGGAGGGCGAACUCGGGGAGCCAUAGCGGCCUGAGGGGACCGUGACUUUUUGGGCUUUUUAUUUGCUGGGAAAAGUCUUUGUAAUUUCCAGAGUGACGCUGAAGGAAAGCUGCAACACGACGGGAGAACGAGUUGCUUCUAAAUGACUAAAAGUCUGUUGACUUUGGAAAGUUCUUCUGUUUUAAUCUGAUGUUUAUUCACAAAAAAACAGAUUUAAUUUAAUUGGUCGUGAACACAGGGAACAUCUUGGGAGGAACUCGGGUUUCUCGCUCACAGAUGUUGGACCUGUGGACCGCAGCAUUUGGGGGGAAUAGAAACGGCGACUCAGUGGGUAAAGGAGCUACGGCCGCCAUAAAUCCCUACUAUAUUUGUUAUUUAAGUUUUUUUAAGUGCAAUUCCUUCCGUUCUGUUCUCUGGUGUAAUUGUGUUUCUGACUCUUGUAAAACCACCGACACCAACUGGAUCCGAUUCCUGAUGUUUGGUCAGAAAGGAAACCCUCUCCAGAUGUUUGUGUAUCUUCACGAGAGUAAUGCUGGAAUGUGAAAUCUGGUAUUUGUUUGUCGGCUAAAAUGUCCAAUAAAUGUCGAUGUUUAAAUGCUGAAAUGACA